CUGUGUGUAAUGAGCAGCCAGUCAGAGGUCGGCUGGCAUAAAGAGGAGACGAAGCUCUGAGAGCCCAUUUGGACAGGGGACAGUCCAACGAAAUGUCUUUUAAAGCGUCCUCUCUGCUGUCUGGGGACGUCGACAACCUGCGGAAAAGAUCAGUGGCUGAAUCGACAGAAAACUGCUGUGAGCCUGAGCAUCAUCAGCGGUUCCCACGGCUGCAGACCCAGCCUGAAAGGCUGUGCGUUGGGCCCCACCAUCCAGAUGUAGGCGCGCUGGCGACACCCUCCCCGGAUGCCUCUGCGCAUCACUUCUGCCAUUUCACGCCAAAAUGUCUGCUCGCCGUCUCCAGAGGAACACAUGGGAACUCUCCCCCGAGGCAGGGAGAGGAAGGAUGGCACGAUGGCACCUCGAGGACCACAAUAAGAGUUGACAAUGAGGUGGAAGCCCACAGAGAGGCCAACAACUACAAGUUUGGAUUUAGAAAAUGGAAGGGCAACGUGACUGAGAAACCGAUCGAAGACCGAUCUGACAUCGACAAAGAGCUGCACACCGAUCUCAGCAUUGUUAAGCACGUAGAAGCUCCGGUGGUCACCGUGGGGAACAUAGUUUAUGUGUUUUUAUUUGGCUGGUGGAUCUCCUUGAUCUACCUGCUGAUUUGUCCUGUGAUGUGUCUUACAAUCUUCGGCGUCCCAUACGGUAAAGUCUGUUUAAAGCUGGCCUGGUAUGUUAUCUGGCCAUUUGGAAAAUCCGUGCAGAGGGCUUGUCAUUUAGUCAAUAUAUCUGCCGUGAAGCCAACAAACUGUGAGAUUAUUCCACCGCAAGAGCAUGAUGAUGAUAAGGAUGCGGGCAGGGACAAGGACUGCGCACCGCUUCUGGUGUCCUCCCCCCUCCCUAUUGAGAUCCCUGUUCCUACUCUUCCUCCAAGGAAAACCUCAAAGCACUGGUGCCGCGUCAGCACUUUCCUCUGGCUGCUGCUGUGUUACCCAGUGCUGGCCGUGGUCCAUUCCCUCGCAUGUGUCCUGUCCUGGCUCCCGGUCUUUAGCAUCCCCAUUGCAAAGAUGAACGGCCGUAUCCUGACCACAGUUCUCCUCAUGGCACCGGAGGACAUUGAGAUCCACGCACUGGACAAGGCAGAUGUGUGUGAGACCAGAGUCGUCUUGUACUGCUACCAGGCCUUUAAUGUGUAUUAUUACAAAUACACUGUCCUGGGGAUCAACAUUUUUGCUCUCAACCUGUUGCCAUUGGUAUUUAUCUCUUUAAUUGCUGGCUACACGGACCGAGAGCAUAAAUACUUCAGCGCAGAGACCGUGUUUACAAUAGCCAUCACCUCCAUCAUUCCCCUGUCCUACUAUAUUGGAAUGGGAAUAGCGAGUAUUUCUGCGCAGAGUAACUUCGCAGUGGGAGCGGUGGUCAAUGCAACGUUCGGCUCCAUCACAGAGAUGACCUUCUACAUCACGGCGCUGAUCCGGGGGCAUCGCGCCGGCACUAAAUGUUACGAGGAGAUUGUCAAAUCUGCGCUGGCUGGGACUCUAAUCGGGUGCAUUCUGUUCAUCCCCGGUAUUUGUAUGACUAUUGGGGGCAUCAAGCACAGCGAGCAAAGAUUUAACAGUCGCUCAGCCGGAGUAGGCUCUGCUUUGCUCUUCAUAUCCAUUGGAGGGGUGUUUGCACCUACGCUCUUCUCUAAGACCUUUGGUAAUCUGGUGUGUGAAAGCUGCUCUAAUGUUCCGGGCAACGCCACUGUCCCGUUCAUCUGCAAGGACUGCCACUAUGACACGAGUACAGCUGACCCACAUUUGGUUCUGUCCCAUAUUGAGCCUCUGGUAUACACAGUUUCUGUCCUGCUUCCUGCUUCAUAUCUGAUCGGACUCAUCUUCACCCUCAAGACCCACGCCCACAUUUAUGAUAUCCAAGUCAGUGAUGGUCAUGGGGGCCAAACACACGGUCAUCAUGUUGUGCACUGGUCCAGAUGGAGGGCUCUCACAGUGCUGAUUGUUGCCACAGUGCUCAUGGCGAGCUGUGCGGAUCUUUGCACUGUCAACAUCGAGCCCAUACUGAGUCAUUCCUCCGUCUCGCAGUACUUUAUUGGCGUCACCGUGUUGGCGAUGGUACCCGAGCUUCCCGAGAUUGUCAACGGGAUCCAGUUUGCUCUGCAAAACAAUAUCAGCUUGAGCCUUGAAGUUGGCAGUUGCAUUGCUGUGCAGGUUUGCAUGAUACAGAUUCCACUUCUUGUCCUGUUUAAUGCUUUCUAUGAUGUGGGAUUUGUGCUCGUGUUCAGCGAUAUUCAUCUUUGGGCCAGCAUCUUUAGCGUCAUUCUGGUGAACUAUAUCUUCAUGGAUGGAAAAUGCGACUACUUCCAGGGUACAGCCCUAGUUGUGGUAUACUUCAUUCUUUUGGCCGUUUAUUUCUUUGCUCCUUCUCCACACUCAUGUUAAUGUUUGCAAAGAAACAAAUGCACUUUUUUUUUUUUUUUUUUUUUGUCUGUAGUUGUUGUUUUCUGUUCCUGGUGGUUUAGUUCCAAGACAGAAAAAUUGGGAAUUGAUCUGAGAGUUUGAAAUGUCCUUUUUUUUUUUAUUAGCUGAUACCAUUAUGGCUUUGUCUGCUGAAACAUUUUUCUAGUUUGUUUGCCCCCCACCCCACG